UAUGGAUAGACCCUAGCGUCCCAAACUUUUAACAUAAUCAACAGAUUCCUGCCUUUAGACAUGCGGCACGCCGGCGCCGUGGAGCCACCUCCGGAUCGGACGGCCGCCCUAUGUCAAUGCCGAGACCUGGGAGAGCCGUGACUCUGGGGUUUGCCGCUCGAGUUCUGGAUUCAGCACUGGCUAUGCAGCCGGUUCGGUUGUUGAUAUGGCAUGUUGAAGAGCUGGAGCGGGUAACAUUUCCCAGCCGCUGGCUAUCCACCCUCAUUAUCAAUCUUUUUGUACUGAGAUUGACCAACUGUGACUCAAAUUGACGCAUUGCAGCACGCGGCCUACAUUCUCUUUACGACAAUCCUAUACAGACUGUGAAUGCUGCAAUAUAUCUGCGAGGCACAUCAGCCGCAUAGAGGCUUACGUGAGAUGCUAGUUAUAUCUUAUCAACGACGCUGGUCGGCUAUCGCUGGACAAGGCAGCAAGACGCAUGUUGGCUGACUUGCACGAAGCUUCUACCUCAUUAAGGCCCGAUAGAGGGAUGUCAGUCAGCAAGCUAAUGGACCCAAAAUGUCGAAGACUCUCGCUGUCGCAACCACUGUGUUAUUGCCAUAUAACAACUCGUGGCUAUCGUCGACACCUUCUGACUUGUGAUACUUCACACCAGAGUAAUCCGAUCAUCAUGGCCGUUCCAGACUGGAUACUUUACGUCGCGGGCCUGGUUGCCUAUCAGCUCGCGAACCGGUGCGCACAUCAAAUAGUCAAACGAGCAAACCCAGACUUCUACAAGACCUUGGAGACGGACAAGCAUCGCAAAUUGGCUCCUUAUUUUGUCUUCCCGCUAGGUUUCCUCUUGACGUUGAUCACAACACCCAUCUGUAUCGCGGCAUACAAUGAUACGUCCUCCGCCACCGAAAUAUUCGGGCUCGACCGCCCCUUCACCACCAACGGCAAGGUUUGUCUUGCCUCUCGAGCCAUCCUCUGGACCUCUGAGCUGCCACUUCUCAGCUAUUCCCCUGAAUACGUCACCCAUCACGUCCUCUCGCUCUCAUCCCUCGGGCUCUUCCUCAUUGGCCGGGGCCCAAGGCGACCUCUCUAUCUAAUCUACGCCGGCCUGGUGACGGAGCUGUUCUAUGAUACUGCCGUGUUGAUGCGAUUCCACGGCCGCACAACGUCAAACUCACCAUUGCUCCGAAAGAUCCUCCCUGCGAAUGUACUUUCGAUGGUGUUGCUCAGACUUCUCCCAAUCAUAGCACACAGCAUGGCAAUGCCGGAAACACGAGCAGACUACCUCGGCGGGAUUGCAUCUUAUUGCAUUCAUAUAUGCCGUUUAAGCUUUGUCCAGCUGGGGUCCCUAGGAUACAUCAACGCCACGGUAGGCAGAAAAUCUAGGCUGGCUCCCACGGAUGCCGCGGACAACGUAUUCGAGAAACCAAGAAGUUCGGUCAGGAGCUUAAUACAACGUCCCAUGGCCUUGGUUGUCGGUGCCGCCAUUGUUGUUACGGCGCUGACCUUUAAAGAGUUGGAUUUCGUCAGAUCAUUGUCGUAG